AUGGCGGGCGAACGUAGUUGCAUCGGUCAAACACUCGCCCAGAUGGAACUGAAAGUGGCGCUUGUGAUGACUAUGAGAACAUUCGACAUCAUUCCGGCUUAUGCGGAAUGGGAUGGUUUGCAUCCCAAAAAGGGGAUCAAGACUGUCAAUGGAAACAGAGCAUACCAAGCUGAGAUGGGCGGCGGUGGGGCUCAUCCUGCCGAUGGGUUUCCAGUUCUGGUAACCGAAGCUUCUUGGAGUUUAUGGCGUCUGUUAGGGACACUGGUACAAUCACCUAACAAUUAG